AUGGCUCUGAACCUCUACAUCAUCGGCAAUUCCACGGCCUUCCUCAUUCUGCUGGUGGCCGUCUUCUGCCUCAUCAUCAUUAGUCCCGUCGACGCAAUCUACCAAUGCUACAGAACACGCCGACUGAUCAACAUAUUCUUCAUCGCCGGAGCGUAUAUCAUCACCUUCCUGUUGGCCUUGUUAAUCUACGCGAGCCGGAUCCUCACGAACCGCAGCGUCCUAGCGAGCAUCCCCAAACCAUGGAUCCCCGUCGAGAAGGAAGAUGUCGGGAAGACUGUGAGGCGGCUGGUAACAGAGGGUCUUGAAACUAGUGCCAUCAUUGCAUACCAGGCCAAGCCACGGAACAUCUCCGAUGAAGAGGAGGAAGAGUUCGCCGAUUACAAGGCGUUGCUGGUGGAUCGGGAAAGACCACCGUGGGGUCAUGUUGAGCAUCCGGGAUGGUCCUCACCUUCGUCCCACGACUUACCGGACUUGCCCUAUCGGACUGUCAUACAGGAGUUGCCGCAUCUGAUUGAAGCGAAGGCCGUCUCGCUUGCCCCUCCUGACCCGCUCCUGCCGCAUCGUUUCGGGCAGCCCGUCCCCGAUACGCGAGUCGUGGAGGUGCUGCAGCGCUCUGCGUCGAUGGGUUUGCGUGGGUAUAUACAGUGUCUGAUGUCGUUGGAUUUGAUCAGCCCGCCUGAGCUUGGGGAGGAGUUUCUGUCCACCUACGAACUCGCGCGGUUCUCGUCGCGCGAACUGUACGAGGCGGAAUUUCGUCAUCUGAUGCAUGUAUUUGCGGAGAUACUGAGGGGAAUGAAGUCGCUUAGUCCCGAGAUGAUUGAGGAUAUCCGAGGAAGCUCUCGGGCCGACAGCGAGUCUAUCAUUGGGCCUUCGGAUGAGGAAGGAGAAACUGAUACCGUUGACUACAGCGAAUCGUCGCCUACUCGGGGCCGCAGUUAUAGUCUACGACGAUCGACUACGUCUAUGGAUAAUACGUGGCCGGGGAACCGCUCUGUUCGCACGGUUCCUUCAGCGCACAGUCUCCGGAUGCAAUUCUCAUCACAUGACCAUGGCCAUGCGCGGAGGCCCAAUGUGCCUCGGACUCCUUCGAUACAGUCGCUUCGCCGUGUGCGGACAAACGUGUCAGCGAGUUCUGGGGGGAGUGUCAUUCGUUUGGUGGAUACGCAUGGGCCGUCCGACUUACCCUACGUUAUAGAUGUUGAUGGCCGGUCCAUUAGGUCAAAUAGGUCUUAA